CAAAGAAGUGACAAUGGCUAUUCUGAAGACGGUGAUGGCUGUGGCUGUCAUGACAGCCACCAUCGAAUGGAAAAUGGCUGGAGUACAUAUGCACCACGUAGUUGGAGGUUACCAGGGGUGGGACCCUUCCUCUGACGUGGCAUCUUGGUCCUACUGUAGGCGCUUCAGUGUUGGAGACAAAAUCUGGUUCGCCUACUCUGCAGCAGAGGAGAGAAUUGUCGAGCUGAGUAGCGAGGAAGAAUAUGAGUUGUGUGAUGUGAGGAACCCCAUAAGAAUGUACACGGACUGCUUAGAUGGCAUCCCGUUGGAAAGGGAAGAGAUCCACUAUUUCGUAAGCAGCAAGGCUGAGAAUUGCAAAAACGGUCUAAAGCUACAGGUGGAUGUGGGGCCUUUAGUGAACUCCGAGGUCGAAAUGCCCAAAAUCGCAAUGGCUGCCGCACCGCCCACAACCCCUUCCGGAUCAGUCCGGCCUAAUGGGAGCGCCGAGUUAUUAUUGGUCGGGCUGUGGCUUUGGGUUUGCUGUAUGGCUAUUUAG